CAUCUUGUGAAGCAGGCAGAGAAGCAGUCCGCUGCGCCGUCACCAAGGGGGCCCUCGGAGCGCAUUCACAUGAGUCGUUCUGCUCGUCUUGUCUCCUGCUUCACGCCGGCGAGGCUCUAAAGGCGCUCCGGCUGCAGACCGAGCGGGCUGAAGAUCUCGCGAGAGCUCCGGAGUUGGCUGUGGCUGGCCGUGGGUUUGCAGCAGACAGAGGGAGAAGGCAGGCAGGCAGCAUCAUGGCGGACAGAGACAGUGGAAGUGAGCAGGGAGGAGCAGCGACGGGCCCAGGCUUCGGUUCCAUGCACCUAGCGACAGGAGGGGCGGGCUCCGCUUCCGGGCUCCAGCAUGAGACGCAAGAGCUGGCGUCGAAGAGGGUUGACAUCCAAAACAAACGCUUCUAUUUGGACGUUAAGCAGAACGCGAAAGGCCGCUUCUUAAAGAUAGCAGAAGUCGGGGCCGGUGGAAACAAGAGCCGCCUCACUCUCUCUAUGUCCGUGGCGGUCGAGUUCCGUGACUACUUGGGGGACUUCAUCGAACAUUAUGCCCAGCUGGGUCCCAGCAACCCGGGACUGGUACAAGACGAGCCGAGGCGAGCGCUCAAAAGCGAGUUCUUGGUCCGAGAGAAUCGGAAAUACUACAUGGAUCUGAAAGAGAACCAGAGGGGACGGUUCCUGAGGAUUCGACAGACCGUUAACCGGGGGCCCGGUUUGGGAUCCACGCAAGGCCAGACGAUUGCUCUGCCUGCCCAGGGACUUAUUGAGUUUCGUGACGCUUUGGCUAAACUUAUUGACGAUUACGGUGUAGAGGAUGAACCUGCAGAGUUGCCCGAAGGGUCAUCAUUGACUGUGGACAACAAACGGUUUUUCUUCGACGUCGGAUCCAAUAAGUACGGUGUGUUUAUGAGGGUAAGCGAGGUGAAGCCAACGUACCGCAACUCAAUUACGGUGCCCUACAAAGUGUGGUCCAAAUUUGGGAAUACUUUCAGUAAAUAUGCCGAGGAGAUGAAGAAGAUCCAGGAGAAACAGCGGGAGAAAAGGGCAUGCGAGCUGCAGCAACAAGAGGAGAUGCAGGCGGACGAUGGAGACGAGGAUUGAUAUAGAGAGAGCAAAAAACAUGAAAGAGUAAUGAAAAUAACAGAAUUAUAAUUAAAAACUCUACUGUAUAAAGAAAGAAAUCUAAAGAUUUAACUGUAAUGGUUUAACUCCAAGGGAGCAUCACCCACAAUAUAAGAAACCUCCACAACCUGACAGUUACGACAUGUUGUCACUCAUCGCUGGAUGUUACCCCACUUAUCCACCAUUAAUACAGUAACAGGCUGCUAAACAAAGUAAUAACAUUAUAUUUGAACAUUGUUUCCUACUUGACAAACAAUAUUGAACUGAGUGUUUAUUUCCCUUAUUAACAGAAAACUUUUGUACCAGUUAAAGCUAUUGUAAAAAAAAAAAAAGUGUUUGCAAUGUUCAAAUGGAAUUAUUGCCGAGUUAAGAGGAAAAAAGUUUCCUUUUCAUGUGAGCUAAUGACUUCAGCACAAAUCAGAUAUUUUAAUUUUUAAAACCAAAAUUCAAAAACUUUGUAAAAGGUUGUCACAUGUACUUGCCAUCCUAUUUACCUUUACCUGUGAGUAGAGAUGUGUUUACACAUAAAAUCAUAUGAGGGCUAGGCCUGCUUCGGAAACUGGUUAGAUGUCAUGCAGUAUAAAAAGGAACAUAUAGGCAUUUUCAUGAAAUGAAAUAAGUGCUCUAUUUGUUGUGCAAUAUGCAUUGCAUAGAAAUCAAAUAUAUUGAACUGGCCAAUGGAUCUUGACAUGAAGACAUUUGCCAGAGGCAUUCAAAGAAAUAUUAAUAUUGUAAUUUUUGUUUCAGUUGAAAUUGUUGCCAUGCAGAUGGAUAUAUUAUUGACUACCUUUGUGUCUCGUUGUUAAUGCAAUGUGUUCAUUUUAAAGGUACUAAAUGUGUAUUUGAUAGAGGAAAUGCAGUGACGACAUGUAGCAAAUGGCCUGAAUUGCAGAUUAUUUAAGACCAACACCCUACACAUACUGUGUUGAUUGGCAUAGUAAAAUUCAGAGGAGCAUUAUUGGUGAGCUUAUCUGGAACAGCAACGUUUUGUAAUCUUGUUCGGUUAAAAAAAACGUAAGUGGUGCCAAGGAGUGCUGUUGCUGCAUGUUAAUCUGCACUAAGAUAGAUUUCGUUGGUCUCCCAAAAUAUUGGCUCAAGGACCCUUCCAUAUGUAUCUUUAUCUGCCUAUAUUGUACAAAUCUCAAAUUUGAGUGAUUUCCAUCCAAAGGCUUGGUGUAGUUAUAGUGGAAGUUGUUUAAAAGUGUGAUUGUAAAAGGAGCGACCUUGUGAACAGUAAUCAAAACAUCUCACCAUCACACUAUGAGGAGGGCCACUGAGGAGCACGCCUGGCCUAGCCGGGGUGAGGAGGGUUCAGUUCACCUGUUGGUGAAUCUCCAGUAUGUCAGUGGAUGUGCCCAUCCCUACCAGUUUAAGAUCUGAAGGUGUGAAGUUCAGUGGAGCUACUUUGGAUACAUACUCACAGCUCUACUUUAGAACUUUAUGCCUAAAUAUCUACUUGGGGGUGAUAAGAUUCUGUUUUGGUCUAAUUGUAAAUAUUUGGGCUGCCACACGGAAAACAACUGGUUCUAAUCCAGUUCAGUCGCAUCUCAUAGAUGUGUGAUAGCAGUUUUAUAAACUCUGUCAGUAAUCUCCAGAGAAACUGGCAACAAUCAGAUAAUGUCAGAUUUACCUCAGCAUUGAAUUAAAUGAUUGCUCCCAUGUUUAGAUUGACUGGAAACCAGCAAACUAGACUGUCCUUGACCACCUAUUUUUGGAGCCUCUGGUAUAGCCUAAAAGAUACCUGAUUGGGAGCAUCCUCUUCAGCAUAUAAACAACCUGGUGCCUUACACACUCCGCAUGCUUACACGCUGGCCUGGUGCUUUGGAUCGCAGUUUGGCUUCUUUCUGUUAUUGUUUCCUCUUUCUUUCUUCCAUUUUUGUGUCUCAGCCCCCCUCGUGUGCUAGCACACGACUUGUGGUGCUAAAAGGGUUUGGUUACAAACCCUUUAAAAAAAACAUAGGAGCAGAAUUCUUAACUUUUUUCUGCUUCCUUCCUUCUUCCCUAACUUCAAUGCCAUCGCCAUCUCCCAGCCAUCCAGGUAUCGGCCUACAUGUAAACAUGGAAGGGGGUGGUCACCUAGAUGCAAGAUGAUGCAGAAGAGUCGGCUCUUCACUAGCCAAGCGCAUUAGCAGGGAGAGCAGGGGCUGAUUGGGAACAUCAGUUGGGGCCUGAAAUGAUAGAAAUUGUUGUUGGUCGAGCCCCCCACCCCCCCCUUGAAAUGCUUCUUCUACGGCUUGGGUAGUUAUGUGUAUGUUGUAAGUCGCUCAAUUAAUGGGGAGUAGCAAGCAUGUCUUGUUUUGUUUUAUUUUUUGUUUUGUUUUGUUUUAUGUAGUUUUACCUUUUCAGCGUUAUUCCACAUUAUUUGUAAUUUUGGAAUGUUUUCGCCCACAAAAAAUAUAUCUAUUUUUUUCUGUGCAACAUUUCAUCACUGUGUGCAAUAUCGUAUGUGCCAAUGGUGGCAAUAUAUGUAUAUCAAUUAAAUAUAUGAUUACUAUUUGAAAGCAUGUGGCUGAAUUCCAUGUUUAUUUCUCAUGAAGGAGUUGUACGCCUUUAUUUGCACUCAAAGCUCCAUCCUGGAGGAAAAUAUAGUAAACCAAGGUCUUAGCAGCCUGUUGAGUCAAGCAGUUCACUUAUGUACUUUAACUUGAAACAGAACAUUGUCACUGCAAGUGUGUCCCUCUCAAGGAAAAGGGUAAACUUGGCUUAUGGUUUGUCGAAGGUAGACUGUAAACAUACAGUGGAGUUUUUGUGAAAAGGAAAACAAAAGAAACAAAAGAAGAAAAAAGAAACGGUGAAAUCUCCAUUUUAGCUUUAAGCUAAGAAACGGUGCUUCAGUCCAAUCCUCAUUAAGGUGUAUGGUGAACUGUCUUCAGUGGUUGUUGUGUGUAGCACUUUGCUUUCCCAGGUUAAUGAAAUGCCUGACCAAUACUUGUUUAAAAUGAUCUCAACAAAGAAUGUCGUUCUCUCUUAUGUUGCCUCUUUUUUCUUUUUUUUUUUUUUUUUAAAGAGGGUAUUUGAUUUUCUCAUUUGGUUUUUUGAUGCAUUAAAUAUAAUUUAUGUACAUUUGACAAAUUUUAAAAAUAAAUUUAAUUUACCCAUGAGGGAAAAUCUACA